GCCGCUAAACCCUAAGCCCCCGCAGCGCGCUCGCCGCGGGCGCGCGACCCGCGAUGUGCCGGUGCGCCGCGGCGAUCGCGAGGGUGGCGGUGGCCUUCCUCUACGCCGUCCUCGUGGGCUGCUUCCGAUCCUUGUUCCGCACCCACCCAGGCUCCGGCCGCAGCGAUGCGCUCGUGCACAGGGAUCGGGUCGGGGAGGUGCUCUGGGAUGGUGAGCAAGGGCUAGGAAGGAGUGGAAGAUCGUGUGAGGAUUUGGCCGAUGGUGCCGGCAUUGAUGAGGAGGAGCUUAGAUUCCAGUGUGAUAACAUGCCCAUCAAUGCACCAGCAACAAACUGUACAUCGCUAUUUGAAGCUAAUUCAUCUGAAGGCUGCAAAUGCGAGGAGCAUCAUACUCUGAGGCCUGAACUGAACAUCGAAUAUACACAUCAUAUUCCAGGUGUUGAACCAGUUCCUCAUUCAGCUUUCCUGGAAAAUACCCCAUUUCAGAACAUGAAGCACAAGCUGCUUGAUCGCAAUGGUUCACCCUUUCCAACUCCUUCAGUUAUCAGGGAUGAUAUGCAGACUCCCGGAACAAUUUAUACUUCACAUAGAGGGGCUUCUAUGUCUGCAAAGCGUGUGCGGACCCGGAAACAAUUCAUCUACCCUGUCCUGAGACCCAUUGAGAACAGCCCUCAGCGGAUGGAACUGGCAGAAGAUUUUUCACCAUUGUCAUCAUCCAAUCCUCCAAAAAGGAGAAACUUGGGGGCAGAUUUUAUCAAGAAGCCAAAGCAAAUAUCUUCACCUUCGGUGGCUAAACAAGGAUUGUCCAAAUCUCCCUCAUUUUCUUCUCCUGAUGAUAAUGCUUCAUACCAUGUAAAAGAAGCACCCUCUCUGGAGGAGACAAAGUGUCAGGUUGGCAGUGUAGACCUAUUGGAUGAUGGAGAAUUAUCAAAAUCCAACUCAAAUGAAAAGCAUGCUGCAUUGAGUCUGUCUCACUGGUUGAAACCUUCAUCCUCAGAUGUUGAGAAUCAAGGUGAUGUCAAGUGUGCAGCGGGUGAUCAAUCGUAUGAUGAGUGCAACCUUCUAACCGAGAGACCUGUCUUCAUGGCUUCUGAUCUGAAAUGGGAUGUUGAGAACCCGACUCCUAGGUUGCCCAAAACAUGGGAUGGCAAUGGUAUUCCGAACACAACCACCAGAUACAAAGAAGACCAAAAGGUCAGCUGGCACACUACACCAUUUGAGAAAAGACUGCUGAAGGUUUUAUCUGAGGAAGAACUGCACCCACCAAGUAACGUUGUCCGUGGGAAGUUGUUCCAUCUUGAGGAGAAAGCCAAAUAGUGAGUGGCGUGGCAGAAAUUUUUCAGCCCAACUGCUGAGAAAUUUGUCGUCAACCCUUGAAGCUGCACAUUGUGAAUCUCGGUGGCAUUUGCACGAGGUGGAUCUGAAGAAAACUUGGUAUCUCUCGUACCGCCGUAUACCUGUCGCUGAGCUUGUCUCUGUUUCCUGUUUGUGGGAUGCGAUGCUAUGUACAAAUGGUAUAGGCAAUAGACUAUAUCUGCUACGAACAUCAACUGCUGAAAAAUCAAGACGAGCUAGCACACGAACCCACCUUUUGUCGUCUAUACGAUGCUAAAGUUGCCAGUGGUUCCUUCGA